UCCACAGACUAUGUGGAAGAAAGAAAUAAGUAAUGAUCUCUGACCUUCGUUUAUAUGGGAAAUAAAGAACGUAACCGAAGUCUUAAGCCUUAACUACGAGAACGAAACAACCUCAAGAAUUACAAAAUCAAAUAUAUUAGUUAUUACUUACAAAAACAAAUACUUAAGGUAACCUUAAAAAGUUGUAUUGACUGUAACUGCAUUAACAAUUUACUGAUAAACCAACAGCAGGAACUUUUGAGACUUGAGAUUUGGUUGUGAUGUAAUGUGUUAAAUGUGUAUCUAAAAUGCGAAUAGCUUGGAUGUAUAAACUAGUAAAUCAUUUCCCUGGAAAGAAAACUUUUGGCUUAUACAGGUUCCUGCCAAUAUUUUUUGUGUUUGGCGGUGCUUUGGAAUUUUCUAUGAUUAACUGGAAAGUUGGAGACAUAAAUUUCUAUAAUACAUUUAAAAGGCGACAGGCUAAAUCUAUUGUUGAAGAGAAAAUCGAAAAAUAUUCGGUGCAAUAA